AAAGAGGAUCAACUACCUAACGGUGGAGGGGUUUGGACGGCUUUAUACACGAUGCACUGCAGGCGCUCGAGGGAGCAAUGACAGGAGGGACACCACGAGGAGGACCAAGCCAUCCGAUAUUUCAUUUUCGAUCUUCCCUCCGAGCCAAAUGUUCCGGAUCGUUGCAGGAAGAUGGAGGGGUGGAGAGGAUGGAGUGUCUGGGCGAGCCGCCUUCCUCCCCCUUCCACAUCUCACCCUCCCAUGUCACCAGGCACCUUCGUUUCUCAAGGCCACCGAACUGUCAUGACCGAGGAUUUCCUGCUCAUGGCACUGCUACCCCCCGACUAGACCUUUCGCCCGUGGCUGGUACCGACCAGCAAUCUGGGUCAAGGUCUCAAACAGGUACACGCGUGUGCUCUCAAGGCGGAAAUGGGCGUGACUCAUUGCCAUACACACUUGGGAGGCCGCUUUGGGUUGGGGGGGGUGGUAUGGUGGGGUGGAGAAUCAGGAACUGGCAGUGCAAAAAUGCAAUAGAGAAGGAUACGCAGUAAGGAAGGAGCAACUGGUGGUGGAGGUGCACGAUACUACCAAAUCAAGGUCGAAAAGAUUCCAAGACAGGCACUAGCUAGUAGUUGGCUGAUGGUGCAUUGUUGCGGCG